ACCGACCUUGUCAAUUUAAUUUUGUGCGAAUGUCAGUGCGGUAAUAAUUUUCAAGGAAAAUAUCAAAAUUCCGCUUCGUUAAAUGAAUUCUCCAUACCUUUCGGGACUUCUUUAUAACCGAACUGAUAACACAGCCAAGUCAUUGUAAUAAUAUGUACAUUUUACAUUCGUAAAUGGAUUGAUGUUGACGUCCUGUUUCUCUCGUCUAGCGUAAGACCGACUUUAACAAGAUUUAAUACUGAGGCAGAGUAAUGAUGUACUUGUGCUAUAAUGAAGGAGGAUAGUGAUAAUGCUAGUGUACAUCCUAGAACGAGGGCUGGCUUAUUUUCAGUAUUAUUUUUCACGUAUACAUUAGGUACCUUCAGGAAAGGACGAUCAUGGAAUGCAAAUAAUUUAUACCAGCCAUUGGAUUGUCAUCGAAGUGAAGUACUAGGCGACAAACUUGAAAGCUUAUGGAUACACCAUGUGGAAGAAUGUAAGAUAAGCGAGAGGAAGCCAAAUAUUUGUAUAGUUUUACUUAGACUUUUUUGGAUGGACAUAUUGAUGGACUCUAGUCUUUUAAUUUUAUCCUUGGUUCCAAGAAUCAUUCAACCUCUUUUAUUAGGAAAUAUACUGAGUUACUUCAGUUCGUCAACUGCGAUUACGAGGUCAGAAGCAUAUUGGUAUAUUUCGCUACUGGUUAUUUUCAACCUGAUGAGUACUAUUGUUUCUGUUCAGUAUAAGUUUUCUAGUAGUAUGACCGCAAUGAAAAUAAGGAUAGCUUGUAGCACAUGUAUACACAAAAAAAUAUUGCGGAUGAAGCUCAGUUCCCAAAAUAAUGCACUUAAUUUGAUAUCGAAUGAUUUGAGUCGAUUCGAUAGAACCGCGAACUAUGUUUACUAUGUUUGGGGUUCCCCUUUAUUUCUUAUCAGUAUUUUGAAUUUGCUUUACUAUGACGUAGGCGUUUCUGGUUUGGCCGGAGCAACAUGGUUUAUUAUUUAUAUGUUCCUACAAAGCUACUUCGCAAAAUGGAUUGGGAGUUACAGAAAUAUCAUAGCUAAGAAGACUGACGUUAGAAUUAAAUUGAUGAACGAAAUACUUUCAAGCAUAAAAGUUAUAAAAAUGUAUGGUUGGGAAGAGCCGUUUUGUCGCCUCGUGACUACUGCUAGAGAAGUUGAAAUGAAAAUAGUGAAGAAGGUGUCUUAUUUCAAAGGAAUCUUAUAUUCCUUGCAGGCAUUUGUGAAUGUGACAGCCAUAUUUUUGGCACUGCUAUCAAUGGUGAUCCUGAAGGAAGAAAUCACUGCGCCUAAAGUGUUCAAGUUGAUCAUGUAUUAUUAUUCAUUCAAUUUCGCCAUAACACUCAUGUUUCCCUUAUCAGUAACUAAAGCUACUGAGCUUCACCAAGUUCUCCAGCGAGUUAAUGAAUUCCUACUGCGAGAAGAAAUUGCAAAACCCCCUAUCAAAAAUGGUGGACAAAGUGAAAAUAGAGUAGUACUUCAAGAUUUUGCUACGAUGUGGCACACCAACCAGAGUCUUUCAAAGGGUGCCGAAUCACUUCAAACUGACGAAGACACGUUGUUGAGAAAACAGGAGCUGAAUUGUAUACUGCGGAAUAUUAACAUCAAAAUUGAAGAUUCUAUGCUAUAUGGAAUCACUGGUGGUGUGGGAAGUGGAAGAACAACACUUCUUUUGUCGAUUUUAGGUGAAACCAGCAUUUCUGGACAUAUUCACAUUAAUGGAUCGAUAUCGUACGCGUCGCAAGAACCAUGGUUCAUUCCUGGUACUAUCAGACAAAAUAUCCUUUUUGGUCAGCCAUUGGAACAGGGACGUUAUUCUGAAGUUAUAAGGGUAUGUGGAUUGAAAACAGAUUUAGAUUUGUUGCCAGAAUACGAUAGGACUAUCGUUGGUGAAUGUGGUUUAUGUUUGAGUGGUGGACAGAAAUCGAGAAUAAAUCUAGCUCGCGCCAUCUAUAGAAAGGCGGAUAUUUAUAUUUUCGAUGAUCCCCUUUCUUCUGUGGAUGUCAAUGUUGCAAAUAACGUAAUGGAGCAAUGUAUCUUGGAGUUCUUGAGGAAUAAAUGUAGACUAUUGGUUACUCACAAUUUGAAUCAUCUCAAGAAAUGUGAUCAUAUUUUAAUUAUUAAGUCGGGAAGACUGGAGAAAUACAGUACUUUUGAGCAAUUAGAAAAAGAAGGGUGCAUUCUUCAAGAUUAUUCAAAACCAUAUGUUUCAACCAAUGAGACUGUGAAAGAACUCAAUGGUGUCCUAUAUUCAAAGAAGUCUGAGAAUCCUGGAAAAAAAAGUGAACCUCUGAGCAGGAGAAAAAGUGAAGAAUCCGAUUUAUUCGCCUACUUAACUAGUGGAAACGGUACGUUCGUGAUUGCCUUGGUGUUCUUCAUUUUCAUCAUCACACAAGCUGCGGAGUCCUCCAUCUUCCUUUUCAUCAGUUAUUGGACACAUUGCGAAGAAAUCAAAGAUUCACGACUUAACGUGACAUUAGCGCAGCCAGUGCUUGUUGUUUCCGGUAGAUACCUGUAUCUUUUUAUUUUCGUGGCCAUUCUUGGUACUCUGCUAGUAUGUUCAGUGUUUCGCGCUGUGUUUUACACGAUGAUGGUGAUGAAGAGUUCUAGAACGUUACACAACAGGAUGCUCCACAAGGUGAUCUACGGUAAAAUGAGUUUCUUCGAGAUGGUCGAUAUUGGACAAAUUCUGAGCAGGUUCUCGAAAGAUUUGGGGGCUGUUGAUGAGGUUCUACCGCGGACCAUACUAGAAUCAUGCAUAGUAGUACUUGGAAUAGUCGCCAGGAUACUCCUCAUUGGCUAUGUAAAUCCGUAUCUUAUAAUCGUUGUACUUGCUUUCACUGCCAUAUUCAGCCAUUCCAUAAAAGUUUUCGUGUAUACAUCCAAAAAUAUGAAGAGAAUUGAAGGAAAUCUUAUGGGACCGUUACUAACACAGGUGAGGUCUUCAAUUGAAGGUUUAUCCACCAUCAGGGCAGUGGAUGCACAGGAUGUUAUGGAAAGCGAAUAUUCCAAACAUCAGAAUAGAUACACCAGUAGCUGUUACAUGUUUUGUACCAUAACCCAUGCAUUUAGUUUCGCUGUAGAGUUCAUUACAACCAUUUUUAUCUCCAUCGUGACGGUCAGUUGUUUUUUCAUGGAAGAAAGAAUACGACUCAAUGGCAGUCAAAUCGGACUCGCAAUAACACAAGCUAUGGCAUUCACCACAUACUUACAAUUCUGCAUCGUACAAUGCGUUCAAGCCAACAAUCAUCUGGUCGCAGUGGAACGUAUAAAGGAGUAUGAAGAUCUACCUCAAGAAUCUACUUCGAUAGUUUCUGACGGCAUAGAUGAAGAGUGGCCUACGUUAGGGAAUAUAAGUUUUAAGGGUGUACAAGUGCAGUACAAUGGAGAUUCACAACCAGCUCUGAAAGAUUUGACCUUCACUAUUCAAUCAGGCGAGAAGAUCGGCAUUGUGGGUAGAACUGGUGGAGGCAAAACGUCAUUAAUUGCUUCUAUAUUGAAACUAGCCAAUGUGGAAGGAAAGAUACUCAUAGAUUCAUACGACAUACAAGAUAUUCCUGCGUGUAUAAUACGCUCGCGUAUAUCAGUGAUACCACAGGAUCCCGUCCUAUUUACGGGAACCCUCAGAUACAAUCUAGAUCCUUUUGAACAAAUGGACGACCACCUUUUGUACCAAGCUUUGAAAGAAGUUGGCUGGUCCUCAAGUUCGUCUGAAAUCAAUGACCUUAAUGAUCAAAUUAUAGGACUGGGUUCAAAUUUGAGUAUAGGUCAAAAGCAGUUGAUAUGUCUUGCAAGAAGCAUCAUAAGAAGAAAUAAAAUUAUCCUCAUUGAUGAAGCGACCUCGAAUAUGGAUGCUGAAACUGAUCUAAUGAUACAACAAGUGAUAAGGAAGCAGUUCAAAGACUGCACUGUCCUAACCAUAGCUCACCGUAUAAGUACAGUGUUGGACUAUGAUAAAAUAAUGGUGAUUGACUCUGGAAGAUUGAUUGAGUUCGCCAAACCAGAUAUCCUGCUCAAGGACAAUACUAGCAGAUUAUAUGAAAUGAUAUACGAAAAGAAUAAAUGAAUAUUGAUAGCA